AUGCUUCAAAAUUUUCGGUAUUUUGUUAUCAGAGCAGACAACAAACAAUAUGACUUCACAGUAGCUGAUUUUCCAUUGAUGAACUGCAAUGAUUUAAUUCAAGUAGCUCUGAUCCUGAAGCAUAAGGAAGAAAACAAUCUUAAAGGCUCUGAGACAGAUGUGUUCAAGGUUGGCUUCGCACAUGUGAAGACAUUCAUCGAUAACUAUUUCGACUGUUUGGCUCUUACAGAUGAAGAAUUAGCGAAUGUGCUAGGAAGAGAAGUAAAAGUUCCAUGGGAGGAUACUUUGACUCAAUCUGCUUUGUCGAAGUAUGUUGUUGGUGAAAUAUGCCUGAAACCAUUUGGCAUGGUGUUUUCGGGAAGGGAUACAAAAGGAAAACCGAAGAAGUUUUUGUUCAAAGUCUCAGAGAUUGAAAGAUAUAAUUCUUCGCAAUAUACGCACUUCAUUGUAUGUAUGAAUAACUGCAAGAAGAAUAACGAAGGAGACAAGAAAGAUCUGAAGAAGGUGAUCUCCUGGUAUGGAGAAGUGCGAAGGACAAUUCACUCUGCAAUUCAAAAGCUUUUGAGUUAA